GGUGAUGACCCAGAUCUACCAGCAUAUCCUGGCUUUGAUAUUUGCUAUAAAGGAGAUCAAUGAAAAUCCCCAGAUCUUACCUAAUGUCACUCUGGGUUUCCAUAUCUAUAAUAGCUAUUUCACUCCAAAAUGGACUUAUCAUGCCUCAUUGGAACUCUUCUCUACACAGGGCAGAUUCACCCCCAACUAUAAAUGUGAUCGUCAGAACAAUCUAGUAGCAGUGAUUGGGGGACCUAUCUCUGAAGUCUGUCUCUACAUGGCAGAUAUCCUGUGCAGCUAUAAAAUUCCACAGUUCAUAUAUGGUUCUGCUCCAGUGAUAGAUAAAAGAACCCAAGCUGCUUUCUAUCACCAAAUGUUCCCAAAUUUGGAGCAUCAAUAUAAUGCAAUUCUUCAGAUACUGAUAUAUUUCAAGUGGACAUGGAUUGGUGUGAUGUCUGGGCAUGAUGACAAUGGAGAGAGGUUUGAACAGAAUGUGAUCCCCAUGUUUGCCCAGAGAGGUAUCUGUUUUGAUUUCAUAAUGAGAAUUCCCAAAAUGUCAUAUUCCACUGAAAUUGAUGACAUGGUGGAAGAGGGAUUUGAAAUAAACAAAAUUCUUAUGAGAAGCACGGUCAAUGCAUUGGUUAUUCAUGGUGAAAUCGAUACCAUGAUCAUCCUGAGGGUAUUCCCCAGGGUUGCAGAACAUGAGGAUAUGCCAGCAAAGAAAAAUGGUAAGGUCUGGAUCAUGACAGCUCAGAUGGAUUUCAUUUCCAUUCCACUUCAAAGAGAUUGGGACAUAGACUUCCUCCAAGGUGCUUUAUCCUUUGCCAUUCACUCCAGUGAGGUUGUAGGAUUCCAGAAAUUUCUUCAGGUGAGAAACCCCACCUCGGAGAAAGAAGAUGGCUUUGUUAGGGUCUUCUGGGAACAAGCAUUUGGGUGUCUGUUCCCCAACACCAUGGUAGCCCUGCAGGAUGAAGAAAUCUGCAGUGGAGAGGAGAAGCUGGAGAGUCUUCCUGCAUCUGUUUUUGAAAUGGGCAUGACUGGCCACAGCUACAGUGUCUUCACGGCUGCCUAUGUGGUUGCGCAUGCUUUGCAGGCCAUGCAUCCAUCUAGCUUCAAAAAAAGAAUGAAAGUGGAUGAAGGGGUAAAAUUUAAGAAUGAACAGUUAUGGAAGCUGAACCGCUUUGUUAAAAGCAUCUCAUUUAAUAAUAGCGGUGGGGGGAAAGUUUCCUUCAACCAAAAUGGAGAGUUAGAGUCUGGAUUUGAUAUUAUAAACUGGGUCACAUUUCCAAACCAGUCCUUUCGGAGAGUGAAAGUUGGGAAGAUCGACCCCAUGGCUCCCCAAGAAGAAGCGUUCAGCAUUUGUGAAGAAGCCAUUGUGUGGCCCAGCAGGUUUAACCAGGCACAGCCCCUUUCCCUUUGUAAUGCCAAUUGUCCUUUGGGUUAUCAAAAAGCAAAGAAGGAAGGGAAACCGUUUUGCUGCUAUGAUUGCAUUAUAUGUCCGGAAGGGAAGAUUUCCAACCAGACAGACAUGGAUGAAUGCUUUCAGUGCCCACAAGAUCAUUACCCAAACGUGGAAAAGGAUUCAUGCGUGCCAAAGGACAUACAUUUCUUGUUUUAUGGAGAACCACUGGGGAUCUCUUUGACUUGCAUUGCUCUUGUCUUGUCCUUCCUUGCAGCUUUGGUGCUUUGGGUCUUCAUUAAGCACCGGGACACUCCCAUAGUCAAAGCCAACAACCGCAACCUCUCCUACACUCUCCUCAUCUCCCUCUUGCUUUCUUUCCUUUGUUCUCUUCUAUUCAUCGGUCGACCUGAGAAAGUGACAUGUCUCCUUCGACAAACAGCAUUUGGCAUCAUCUUUUCAGUGGCUGUUUCUUGUGUGUUGGCCAAGACAGUCAUUGUGCUCCUUGCUUUCAUGGUCACCAAACCAGGCUCCAGCAUGAGGAAAUGGGUUGGGAAACAACAGGCCACCUCCAUUGUUCUUUCCUGUUCCUUGAUUCAAGCUGCUUUUUGUACUGUGUGGCUGGCAACUUCUCCCCCAUUCCCAGGUUUAGACCUGCACUCAAUGAGUAAAGAAAUUAUUCUGCAAUGUAACGAAGGUUCGGUCACCAUGUUCUACUGUGUCUUGGGCUUUAUGGGCUUGCUGGCCAUCGUCAGCUUCUCUGUAGCCUUCCUAGCCAGGAAGUUACCUGACAGUUUUAAUGAAGCCAAGUUUAUCACCUUCAGCAUGUUGGUUUUUUGCAGUGUUUGGUUGUCCUUUGUUCCAACUUAUUUAAGCACCAAAGGAAAAUAUAUGGUGGCUGUGGAGAUCUUCUCCAUCUUGGCCUCUAGUGCUGGUUUACUAGGCUGUAUAUUUUCACCAAAAUGUUAUAUUAUUGUGGUGAAGCCUGAGUUGAAUAGCAAGGAGCAACUCAGAAGGAAGAAUUAA